UCAAACCCUGAAGACCUUAGCACGCCAAGCAUCAGCUUCCUUAUAAUCAACUACUUGAAAACACUCUUGCUUAAGUUCUCUGUGAAAUUCUUAUUUCCUCCUCAGUAAUCCCCAUGGCUACCACUAUGUCCCUGAAGCUUGCAUGCGUCGUGGUUUUGUGCUUGGUGGUGGGUGCACCCCUGGCUCAGGGGGCCAUAACAUGUGGUCAGGUCUCAAGCAGGCUGGCACCAUGCAUUGCUUACUUGAGAAGCAACGGAGCUGGUGCUGUGCCUCCAUCUUGCUGCAGUGGGGUAAAUGCUCUUAACAGCGCCGCCCAAACCUCACAAGAUCGCAAAACGGCUUGCACCUGCAUCAAAAGUGCUGCUAGCUCAAUUGCUGGCAUCAACUAUGGAGCCGCAGGUUCACUCCCAGGCAAGUGCGGCGUGAGCAUCCCGUACAAGAUCAGCCCCAGCACUGACUGCAACAGCGUCAACUGAAGUUCGCCGAGGAAAGUUUUCAUCUGAAGGGAAGGAGAAUAUGAUAGUUAGCGAAUAAAUGGAUGUAUAGCAUCCAUCCGGAUAGCACCCUGUGUAGGAGUUGUCCUUAGUUUGAGAGCAAAAGGUUGCUUUAUGCAACUCUAUCUGUUAUUUCUGCUUGAUAUAUAUAUAUCACGGAUUUGUUCUUCUAGCUA